ACAGUUUUAUCCAUAUUUCCACCUUGGUAAUAUUUUCAUUUCGGGAGGGCUCAAAAAUUAUUAACAACUCCAAAAUUAACGGAAUAAGCUGUUCGCUUUUUCCAGUGAGGUUAGAUAAUUUUAAAUUUACCAGAUAUUAAUUUUAUAAUUAAAUGCAUGUGAUGCAGAAGGUAAAGUUUGUCAUAAAGUAAUAACAUCAAAUAAUUAACAUUAAUCCUAAAAUACUCUUAGAGGUUUAUAAUAAUUAGUUCGUUUAUAAAGAAUAAUGAUAAGAUCUUAGCCAGGUAAAAAAAAAAAAAAAUGCCAAUAUGGCCGACUGAUUUAUUAUUACGUCAGCCAUUGUGAAGAAGGAUUCUAAAUUGAACGCGACUUAAGUUAAUUAUAGUCGCAAGAUGAUGAUGAAGAUGAUUCAUCCCAGAGCAGUGAGAGUGAUGUUGAUUUGGAAGAAGGAGAAAUAUUGGACUCUGGGGCUGAACAAGAAGAAGAAAAAGAUUUUACUAACAGUUCCUUGAAGGAUGCUCUUGAUGAAAGCUGUUUGCAAAAUAUUGAACAGUUAAUCAAUCAGGCUAAAAAUGUGGAAGGGCCGGUCAAUCCUCCCACUAAUCAUACUAAAAGUAUCAGUCCUCAUAAAAUGAAAAGACAAGGUAAUUUUAUAGAUCAUGAUCGAACUGAAAACAAUCCAGACCAAAAUGAAAGCUGGUUUGUUAAAUCUCCUAAACAUAAAAAAUCAGACAGCAAACCCAUAGACUACAGAAAUGAACUUGAAGCUUAUAGGGGUACGCCACCUAGUUCCCCUGAUCGAAAAAAACGGGAUGAUAAAAGACGCAAAAGAUCAAAGUCAUCCAAAAAGUCUAAGAAGUCCAGUCGAAAAGCUAUUACAAGAAAAGAUGCAAAAGGCCAUAGAGUGAUGAGAUAUAGAAAAGAUGCAGCUAGAGGAAAACCUUGUAAAUACUUUAAAGAGGGAAAAUGUGCAAAAGGAGCUGAUUGUCCAUUUUCUCACAAUGUACCAGAGAGAUACAAGAAGAAGGAACUGUGUAAAUUUUAUCUUAGUGGACACUGUAACAAAGGAUCACAUUGUGUAUACAUGCAUGGAGAAUUUCCCUGUAAAUUUUACCACACUGGUUCUGUGUGCUAUGCCAAAGAAGAUUGCAGAUUUUCACAUGACCCUUUGACAGAUGAAAUGAAAAAAGUUUUAGCGGAUUACCUGAGGCAUGUUCAUGGAGAUCGAGACCACCACAGGGAUGAUUUUAUUAGAGAAGACGAGCGCGAGCGAGAUCAUGAUAGGGGCAUUGAGAGGGAGAGAAAACGACAUCGUAGUCGCAGUCCAGAACCUCCAACUCCUCCAUCUGAGGCUCCACCAGCACCAAAGCGAGUUUGUCUUUUAGGAUCACCCCCUCGCAGAAUCAGAGAAUCUGAAGAAACAAAACGGUGGCAAGAAGAAAUGAAAAUGUUGCAACAUCAAAAUCACCCUAGUUUUGAAAUAAGUUUAAUGCAAGGUGACGAAGAAGAUGAAGAAAUGCCACCACAGUUUUCUAGACCAAACUUUUAUCAAGAAACCUUGUUGAAUUCUCCGCAAAAGCCGAAGAUAAAACAAGAACAUCCUGAUCGAUUGAGUCAUCCUUCUGACUUCAAUCAGCACCACCUAUAUGCAUCCAGAAAUAUGAAUGACAACUCUCCCCCUAAAAAUUACAGUUAUGAAGAAAACUUUGAAGAUGUUGACGUUCCUGCUGUGAAGCAGGAACCAUUGGAUGAUUUUGAUUGGGAAGAUUCUCGCUCAAUGAACGAUGUUAAACCAAAAAUGAAUUGUGAUUUUGAUGAAAAUACUCAUUCUGACUUAGAUUUCUCAAAUGAUAUAAAGUUUGACGAAACCACCCAGUUCAGUGAAAUGGAAUCUUCCGUCGAUUGUCCUCCAUUCCUUUCUCAAUCUGCCUCAUCUGUAAUGGAAAACAAAGAAAGUGACAGCGAAGCUUCUAACCAAGAUUCCAAUAAGCAUUUUAAAGAAAAAAGCGACGCGGGAACCGCCAAUAUUGCUGUCGAACCGCCUGCUCCGUCUAUCGUCAUACCCAGUCACUUGCCUCGGAAGCAGCGAGAGCUGUUUAUGAGAGUCCAGCAGCACAAUCAGCAGAAACAGUUCAAUACUUCUGAAAGUACAGAAUCUCAAAUUAAGAAAGAGUGUGAGGAUGAUGAUGAUGAAGAAAAAGAGGAUUCCAAACCUGAUGAAACUAAGUGGUACAGCAGUGAAGAUGAUGAUGAGGACUCUGAUGAACUUUUGACUGAUGUAUUGAAGAAAAUUCAACAAGCUCCACCUCCACCAAAGCCAGUUGAGUCCAAACCUGCUGUAAAUUUGAUGGCAAUGCUCAACAAAAUUCAACAAAACACUAUGGAAAGAACUAAAACUACAACUGGAUCACAACAACCCAAUUUAUUAGCACCAUUUCUAAAAGACAUAUUAGGAUCUGUUCCACCCCCUACUCAACCAGUUACAGUUCCACCAGCUCUUUCAAUACCUGGAGCUCCUAUGAUACCAGAUGUUAAGCGUCGUACUUUGUUGCCUAAUCCUGUUGCAAUUCCUUCUGACAGUUUUGGGUCGAAAGAAACUCUUCCUAAACCUGCUCCUAUGGAUCCUCGACUUAAAAACAGAGAUCCACGAACUGCACCUGCUGUUCCAGUAACUUCAAAUGCUCCUAAACCAGUUGUAAGUGAUAAUAAUACUGGAAAUAAUUCUCCUUCGUUAGAUCUAAACUCAGUGAUUAAACCUCCUAAUAUGUUUCCAAAUGAAUUUCCUAAAGACAGUGUGCCCUACAAAUUGCAUGGCAUCUAUACCAGACCCCCUAAUUAUACACCUUAUUUACAUGCUAGUCAGUCAAACCCAAAGUUGCUGAACGAUCCACGUCUUCGUAAACAUCUCCAGCCUGCUCCAAAAAUUGAAACUCCAAUUAGCAAUGGCAAAGAGGAAGAAAUCAGUAAACCUCCACCACCACCACCAAAAAAUGUUCCUCCAAUGCCAGAACUUCUGUUAAAAUAUGAAAAGCCAGAUUCUUUCAUCAACAUAUUUGAAAGCAAUCCUUCCACUAAGUCUUCAGGAAAUACACAAGAAGUUAAACAUCCGCUUCCUAUGUCUGCCCAAAGAGCUUGUGAUCCGAGAACUAUCAGGAGAGACUCUCGUAGUAAUUCUGGUUCCGAUACGCCGCCCCAUCUAACGAUAGUAGAAACCAUUAAAUCACCCCCUCAGCAAGAAUUUAAAACUGCACCAAUCCUUGAAAAUGCCCUUGUUGAACCUGUUGUGGAAAAGAAAAUGGCGCAGCCGCCCGUUUUAGAAAAAAGCACUGCACCGCCUGUUCUUGAAAAAAGUGACAAUGUAUCUAUUAAGUCUGAACCAGAUUCCGACUCUGAAAACAGUUUCGACCCUCCGAAACUCGAGUUCAGCGGCAAAACUUCUUUUAAAAAGUCUCCAUCACCUGAGAGAGAAUUCAUUGCUAUUCCCAAAGAAUCACCCUCCCAUGAUGGUGACGACCUCCCCAUAGUUCCUCCCCUGAUCAUCAAAAAAAUAAAACCCACUCCCGCAAGCCACUUGCCACGCGCUAUAGCGGAUCCGCGAAUGGCAAAGCUUCACAACCCUGUCGAUCCCCGGCGCCUCAGACUAGCUUCCUCCGAGAAGAGUUUAGUCGAGCGUAAGACGCAACCCCUCUCUAAGCUUGCUGCGAGCAAAAAACCAGUCGAGCCCAAAAGCUUGUCUGACGCUUCGAAAUCUCCAUCAGGUGAAACGGAGACUGUGGAAAAGGAGGAAAAACCCAAAAAUGCCAGAAGUAUCCCUAAAAAACGCAGACUUUCGGACAAAGGCGAAAAGAACGUGGCCGAGUCCAAAAACUCUUCAGAUGCUUCGAGACUCGUUGAAACAGAGACUGCAGAAAACGAAGAUAAACCAAAAAAUGCUAAAACUAUCCCCAAGAAACGUAGGCUUUCCGACAAAAGUGAAGAAAAAAAACGGACUGUUCAUCGUAAUAGAAAAAGUAGUAUGGAUUAUGCCUCACCACUUAAUUCUUGCGAUGCUACAGUCCCACCAAAUAAUUCCUACAAUAGUUACAAUCAACGACCCAAACGGACUACUACUCUGAAAUCUGAUAGGAUUUCCAAUUCUCCCAACUUAUCUUCCUCUGAUAGUAGCUCAAUUCCAAGUUUUCUUCUAAGUGAUAGUUCCAAUAUUGAUUGUGAUAAUAGCAGUGAUGGAAAUUUGAAAGAUAGAUUUAAAACAAUAGAUCCAACUGCAUCACCUUUUUGUUAGUACUCUUUUUUUAUAGUAACUAUAUGUGAAAAGCUUAGUUUGUACAUAGCAAAAAGACAAUUGUUGGAAUGUUAGUUUCUUACUGUUAUCUUUCUAUUUUGAAUAUCUUUAUUUUGCAUUGAAAAUUUAUAGGUUUUCUAGCAACCUUCAGUGAUAUUGGACUAAUUUUGACACAAAAGCAAAUUUAUAGUGAAUUUGCAUUAACAUUUAUAGAAAAAUGAAUUUAGUGUGUAUAUAUUGUCACAUUUUGCUCGUCUUACUUUGUGCAUUUUGAAAUUUAUUUAUUUUGUGCAUCAUAAUUUUUUUUUAAAAAAUUUAUAUAUGUAUUUAUAAAUAUUGUUGUAUAAAAGUUUUUUCUUCGACGAAAUAAUUCAAAGGAAAUUAUGACUUAUGAAAAAGGGGGAAACUAUAAAUGUGUCUUGUGUUUCAAGUUUUUUUAUAUAUAUAAAUUGUUCCAAUAUCUGUAUGUUAUUUAUUUGAAAAUUUAUUUUUCAUUUGUUAUGAAAAGAUUUCUAUUAAAUGUUCCUUUCCGACAACUAUUAAAUUUGAUUGAUUGUUCAAAAAAUUCUUUAGGAAAUAGUAAGACAGCUGUAGGAACGAAACUUUAGUAAAAAGGGAAUUGAAAUAAAUAUGUUGAUUUCAAAUGCAAUUUCAUAACAUUUUUUAAAAAAAUUUUCUUUGUUAAAUUACUACUAUAAUACAAUAUUGGUGAUUUAAAUAUUUUUAAGAAGUAUACAUACAGAUUCUCCCUUCUAUUUUGUAAUUAUCUUUUAUUAUAAAUAGUUUAUCAAAAAUGGUAGAUAUCUUGCUUAAAUUUCUUUAAGCAUUUUCCUAGCAAUGAGUUUUACGUAUCUCAAUUAAGCAUUAGGAAUUCAAGAGACACAAAAGUUGAAAAAACCCAUUUUAAUUGUUAAAUUCUUCCGUGUAAUAAUUGGGGUAUAAAACUUUUGUCGCACGACUCGAAAGAAAAAUAAUAAUUGUAUUAUAAACCAGGGGUAAUUGUAUUCCGGGUUUUUCAUAUCAUUCUUUCGGACCUAAAAAUUAGAAACAGGGCAUGUGAUUUUUCCUCAAAAAUUUCAGGUAUCGCAUUGUGUCUCGAGACCAUUGGUUUACGGACCACUGAGAAGCAAAAACGUAAUAGUCUGGCAUAAUUUUGAAACUUUUGCUAUAUCCUGUUAACGAGACAUUUCAAUACACGGGAUUCUUCCACUAAUUAGAUUCAUUUAUUUGGCAGAUUUUCGCCAUUUUGAAUGUUUGGAACUUCAUCGGAAUCUGCUAAUAUCACAAGGCUUAUUCACACAAUAUUAAUAUCAAUCAUCGAAUUUUGUAUUUACCUGAUUAAAAAGUUAUACCUAUUCAUGUGAUUUAAUAAUCCAAUAGCCCGAUUUAUGUUUACGCAAGUUUAAAUUGAAUGUCACAAUUUGUAUUCACGCAUUUUUAAGAUCCAAUAUUGUGAUUCAUACUCAAGCUGUUGUAGUAUUAAACAUCGAUUUUCAUAUUUAUACGUAAUUUAAAAGCUACGCAUUGCGAUUCGUAUAUAAAAAUUAAGUUAAAAAUGAAACAUUUAUGGCACAUAAAUUUUUAACUUGAUAUCAAUAUUUUGCACAUGAAAUUUUUAGUUUUUUUCACUUUUGUGUCACAACCACCUCUGAUAAACAUAAUUAUAUGCUUUCGUGUUACAAUUAAUGCACAUUUUUGAAAACAUUAAAAUAGUGAUGCAUUUUUGCAAAUUUAUUUUUAUAAAUAUCAAGUUUUGCUUGUUUAAAAAAUAUUAAUUCAAAAACUUGUAUUGUAAAUAUAAAAAUUAAAUGCUUCAUUUUUAAGCUAUUGGUAAAAAGUGUAGUCAAUAGGAAAAAAAAAAGAUCUAAAUCUGAUGAAUCAUUGAGGUCAAUCACUACAAAGGUCAAGUUAUUAAAAUUCAUCAAAUCCAAUGUAUUUGACAGAUGAAACAUUUGAUAACAACCUCAACUAUGAUUAACCUAGAAUUAAUGUAUCAGACAUGAAAACCUUUUUUCUUCCUAUGCAAGUUUGUAAUCCUAAAAUUGAUUAUUACGCAAAAAUCAAUACAAUCACAAAAAAGAUUGAUAAACCUUUCUUUGUAUCUAUGAAUGUAUAAAUAUUACCCAAAAUUUUGCUAUUAAAAAUCAUACUUAUUAUGUUGAAUGAUACUUUUAUUAAGUGAUAGCUGUAAAAUGCAGGAUAUGCACAACAGUUAAUAUAUUGUACUAUAUUUAAUUAAUUAUAGUAUUUCUUAUCUAUUUAAUAAUUGAACAGGCUCUCCAUUUUUCUUUGUGCUGGAUGAAAUAAAAUUAUUUUAUGAGCACUGAUUCGAUAAAGGGAGCUUUCUAUAAUUUGAUGGAUAUAUCUUAAUUUUGGUAUAAUGUAAAUGACUGAGCUAAUUUAUUCUAAAUAAGGAUUAUGAAAAAAAAAUUCAGUACUAUGACCUGCAAUAUUAAUUGGUGUCUUGAGAUUAAGUUUUUGCAAAUGAAUUUAUAUUUCAUUCUAUUUUUGAUAUGCUUAGCAUAAUUGAAGAGCUUACUGGAAGACGAACAUUUAGUAAAUCUACAAGUGGUAUAUAAAUUCACUAUAUGUUAUUCGUGACAUUUUAUAGAAACGUCAAAAAGCCGUUUCCAAAACAAGACUUUCUUACACUAAGCUCUUAAAUUGUUUUACGAUAGUUUAUCCAGAUGUUUUCUGGAAUGUUCUAUAUAAAAUUUUCAUGUUCCAAUCAGUACAAAAAUUUUAAACAAAUAACAUUUUAUAUUUGAACUGUUA